AAGCUUAGACGAGGGAAAACUUUCCCAGGAGAUAUGAUCCGUUGCGUGUGAAAUAUAAAAUGAUCCAACUGAUAAUAAACGUAGCUGAUAUGUCAGACAUAGCGAAAUGUCUUAAUAGCGGAGGCGCAGCGGUGAUCUAUGCCGAAUGAUCUAGGAGGGAUCGAAGGGUUGGGGAGAAUCAGUAGAACGGGUUGCGCGAUUAUGCGAUCUGUGGCAGAGAAACGAAAAACCGAGUGGAGUGGAGAAAAUAGGAAAGGAGUGGCGUUGGUGAGUGGCGAAGCUCGCAAUCUCAUACUCGCGAUCAGUCUGUCGACUCGACGACAACCCUUCCUCUCAGCCAGUGCUUCACCCUCCGUCACGCACCACAGUUUGCGUUCCACUUCCCGAGGAUAAAGUUGAGCGAGAAUAAGCCAUAUAUUUUACGACCAACUUUCGGCAUGCAUCGAAGGAUUCCAGUGCUAAUUGUUAGCUUCGCGCUCGUCUUGGUGGUUCGUUCAGAUCAAAAUCCUAGAUGCUACAUGUGCACUUCCUUAACGCAUCCAGGCUGCGAUACCGAUCCGGAUGCGAACAAUAUUAAAACCGACGAAUGUACAUUAAAUCAUAUGGCAGAUAUGCAACGAAUCGUUCAGCAACAUAGCGAUUUGAGAAACAUAUCUCACAUCUUCGACGUUGACACCGCGCACAUUUAUUCGGCUACUCCACCAAUGGCUUGUGCCAAAAUGGUUCUCAAAGUGAAAGGGAAAGAGGUGAUAGUGAGGAAUUGUCAAACGGAGAAGACAGAGACGGUUGAUCCUUGCAAAGCUAUAGAAAGAAAAUUUCCGCACGAUAUCACUCUUGAAUAUUGCGAUAUGUGCAAGCACAAUGCUUGCAAUAGUUCCACUAUAAUUAACUCGAAAUUUCUCCUCGAUCUACUGUUGGUGCUGGGUACCAUGGUUUUCGCUACUUUUUAUACCGACGCGUAACCUUUACACACGAAUGUAUAGAAUUGAUUACAAUCAAUUCAUGGCACAUUUCAAAGUUCAACACACACCUACAUACACACACUACACUGUUGUUCAUCGAUAUUUUAAGUUCGUUUCAUUAUCACGUAAUGUUACGGUGAUUAUUUCUGCAGUAUGAGAUAAGAAACGGGAGAAAUUUUCUAUUAUUAUUAAAAGAUAUUAUAAAAAGAUCCUAGGUUUUUAGAAGAUUUCCUUUUCAGCUGAAUUUAUACGAUGGAUUUUUUCAUAGUCUUUUGUCUUGCUUCAACCACCGAAGUGGAAGAACGAGAGGAUUUCCAUUUGUUAAAUUUCGAAAAAAAAAGACACUAACGAUAAGUUGAUUGAUCAAGUUUUGUAUACCAAGUUCCGAACUACGAGGAUUCAUAGAAUUCUGUUUAAUUGCUGCCUGUUCAAUGUAUUUAAUAAAUUGUGUGUUCUCGAUCGAUGAAUAUUCGAGGAAGCUCCGCCGUAUAUGCAUAAAUAAAUGUUUAUUAUAUACGAACAUAUACGUAUUAUAUAAAGGAAAAGGCUUUUGAAUAUGAAAUUUGGCCAGGUGUUUAUACCGUGAAAUGUUAUCGAGCUUCUCAAAAUCGAAUAUAAUGUUAUCGCACGAAAAUUAUAUUGAGCAAUAAAAAUGUAUGUUA